UUCAAAAAGUAUUCAUUGGUUUAUCAGAAAAUAGGUCAUGUCAUUGUGAAUAAGUCUUAAAGACUGCAGAUAGAAUGGAAGAGAAUCAUUUUUAUUGGUUGAAAUUCUGGAAUUAUUAGUUGUAGCAAACUACAUGUAAACAUUAAUUUCCGCUGUUAAAAUGUCUGGAUCUUUUCAAGAAUUUGCUAUUUCAUGUCAGGGAUGUCCGGAACAAAAUCCUAUCAAAGGAAGAUGUUUAACAUGUAAUUUGUUUAUGUGUAUGAAUUGUUGUAUGCUACAUCAAGUGAACGAAUUGAACUUGUACAAUCAGCACAAAAUUGUGGAUAUCGAGAUAACCGGUUCAACUGACCAAAGGUAUGAUAGUAUUGUUAACUGUGAACUCCACCGACAGCGCGGCUGUGGUUUUUGCAAGCAGUGCGAAGACGUCGUGUGCACAAUGUGCGUUUCGCAACCCCAUAGGGACCAUCACAUAAUUGAUAUGGAUUCCGGUUGCACAUUUUCUCUUUACAAAUUAAAAGCUCGAAGUUCUAAAUAUCAAGAGAUUAUUGUCGACAUGUUCAGACACCAAAAUACAUUAGGAACAAUGAAGCAAAGUGGUUAUUCCAAACUUGAAAUGGAAGUGCAGAAUAUUCAAAAACAAGGAAAGACUUUAAAAGAUGCAAUUGACGCACACACAAAAAAGUUGUUACUCGAACUUGGUAAGAAAUGGGAGGCAAUGAAAAAUGACAUUGAAGAAGAAGAGAAAAAGACAAACAAAUACGGAAUCGAAUUGGAAGCAAGGAACAACAAUCUCACAAAUAUUGUCGAUUCUAAAAAUAAAAGCGCCGUGUUUGAAGCUGCGAGAGCAGAAAUGAGUUUUGACGUAAGGAUAGACCUUCAGACGGAGUUUGAUUCUUUACCGGAAUUCAAUCCAGGAAAAAUAACAGAGUGCGGUAUAGAAUCACUUUAUGGCAUUGUAAAAUAUGUUGAAGAACAAAACAUUCCUACCAGCAUCUCGUUGAGUGUGUUGGAAAGUUAUAAAACGAAAUUUCCAUCCAUUGAUAACAUUGCCUGUUGUCCUGAUGGAUCUUUUCUUAUCAACGCAGAAAAAAGCUAUGAUUACGAAGGAGAACUCCAUCAUGUGAAACUUUUCAAUGGAUCACUCGAGAAAAUACACGAAUUCGUUGUUAACUUUAAAAGUAUGGCACUGCUGCCGUCCGGAGAUCUUUUAUUAUCUACUCAAGACACUGUUCUUCAGACACUUUCUGCCGAAAAUAAAUUAGAAGAAUCUAAGUACAGCGUUGCUUCCAUUGAAAACAACCGCUGCACUGCAUAUCACCAGCGAUGGCAAAAUUAUCGUUGGUGCCACCGAAGAUUAUUUGUAUACAGGGGAAAGAAAUAUAAUUGUGAUGAACUUGAACGGACAACACAUAAAAACGUAUAGCGUAGAUAACAACAAGAAACCACUGUUCGAGACCGGCUCCAUACCAUUCAAAGUUACUUCAGACAAGUCAAGAAAUAUUUACGUGAUUGACAAGCAGGAGUAUAGUAUAGGUAAUGGAAGGCUUGUCAUUUUGAGUGGUAACGAUAGUGACGAGGUUAAAUGCAUUUAUAAAGGUUCGGAAUCGUCAGGCCGUAGAACCUUUGACCCGACUGACUUAGUCGUCACGGAAUCUAAUCGAGUAAUUGUAUGUGAUGCCGCUAGCUUUACGUUACACAUUCUUAAUACUUCCGGGCGAUGUUUAGCAACUCAAAGUUUGUUCAAAUUGGAUAUCAAACGCAUACCAAGAUGUCUUGCCAUCGACCAUCGCGGAUUUGUUUUAUUAGGAUGCAGGGGCGGUUUGAAUAAAAAGAAUGCGAAACUCCAUGUUAUUAAAAUAUUCACAAAGUGAAAUUCUAAAAGAAUGUACAUUUGUACAUAUUCUCAAAUGGAGGGAAUAUUCCACUUGAGUUUCUUGUAAUAAUUUAUUCAGAUGCACAUGAAGCGUUGUUUUGUCACAAUAAAAAAAUAAAAGUGU